UGUUUGUGAGUGGCGCUAGUGUAGUACUUGGAUUUUUAGCAAUAGUAGUGAUUAUUUCAAGAACAGAGGUUAUGGAAUAAGAUAAUAUUAUAUUUUAGUGUUAUUUAUAUACUAUAAAAAUGGAGAAAAGAAAAGAUUUAAUAAGUUCCCUGAAAUUAUGUCGAUUUUGUUUAUGCCAAAAUGAAUCCUUAACAAGUUUAUAUGAAAGAUCCAGGACGCCCAAAAAUGCCGUUCCUCUUCCUCUUAAAAUCUUGUCUUUUACAUCAAUUGAGGUUUUCCCAUCAGACAAGAUGCCAUCAUUUAUUUGCAGCCGCUGCAAGUUCUUUAUGGAUAUGUGCUAUGAAUAUAAGCAGAUAUGUAGACAAGCAGAUGAAACAAUUUUACAAUACAUACAGAAUGGGUCUACAUUGGAAACAGUGCCCUGGCCCUCCCAACUCAUCAAAGUACUCCCUAAGUUUUCCAAAUCACCUUCAAAAGAAGUUAUGAAGACAGUGGUAGAAGGCGGAGCCACUGUUCAAGUGACUUCACAGGAUGCCUCUGACAGUGACGAGGAUGAUGGAAAUGUUUUCAACAUUAAGAUUGAUAGAUCUGAUAAUGGAUCCAAAGAUCCUAUGUCCACUACAUUCAAAGUAGUGACAAGUGAGAAAGUCGAAUCUGGUCUGGAAGAAGAAAAGCCAUCACAUGAUAACAAAGAUUUCGACGAGGUUGGUAGUGAAUCGGUGCCUGUUAAGACCGGGUGCUGGCCUUGCGACGAAUGCUAUUGCACCUAUCCGCUGAAGCAACUUCUAGAAUUGCACAAAAGCCAGAAACAUAGGGCUCGAAAUGUACAGUGUAACCAGUGUGAUGCCACAUUUUUUUCAAAAUACGAUUUGAUGACCCACCAAUUGACACAUUCCGAAGAAAUGCCUUUCGAAUGCGUGGCCUGUAGUCGCAAGUUUAGACGGCUGGUGUUAUUGAAACGCCAUGAAAAGAUUAUGCACGCAGACUUACCGCAACUACCAUGUCCAAACUGUCCGGCGACAUUUUUAUCCAUAGAAGAGGUUGUCGCACAUCAAAAAAAACAUAUCUCAAUACGGAAAAAGAGAUUCGCUUGCGUGUCUUGUGAUAAAAGAUUUAAUGAAAAGUCAACUUUACAGAGACACAUUGAUGUGAUACAUCACAAGAAACCUGGAUUUCGCUGCGAAUAUUGUCCACAGCAAUUUUCUUCAGUGUCCAAGCUGACAAGACAUGUUCGCUCCCACGCCAACGAGCGAGGGUAUCCGUGCAAGUAUUGUGAUAAGAGUUUCAUGAAGUCUCACCAUUAUACUAGGCAUCUUCGCGUGAAGCACCGCGAGGCAGUGCGCUCCACCCGCGGCCCGUUCGGGCAGAUGGAGCGCUUCCGCUGCGAACAGUGCGAGGACACGUUCGACACGCAGGACGACCUGAUCUACCACUCCGCCAUACACGCCACGCAGAACCUCACCUGCCCGCUGUGCCAGGAGAAAUUCGACAAUGUCGACGCCGUCACCGCUCACAUCAAAUCUCAUGUCAAUGGCAUCGAGUUCAUGUGCGACCUGUGCGAGUUGGUGUUCACUUCCAGGGCCAAGCUCGAGAGCCACGUCGCAGUCGCGCACGAUGAAGAGUUUCACAAUGAUGUGCAGUUAGAUGAGUCAUCAAUGGAACUGGAUGCUGAAAACGAGGAUGAUAAUGACAGUGCUAUAAAUGUCAAAGAAGAAGACGAUCAUAUGGUGGUUGAAGUGAAGAAAACUGACGAUUUCAUUAUCAAUGAUAAUGCCCCGGAAACAGAAGAAAAAGCUAACACUAAUUCAGAAGAGAGUGAGGCAGAAACAUACGCGGAUCUGAGCUCCGUCAGCACGCCGGCGCCCGCCGCCACCGACCGCGCUGGGGACAACCAGACGGCUAGUAUCCUGCGAAAGGCCGAGGAGAUAAAACGCAAAGUUCAACAAAAGGCCACUGAAUCAAAGAAAGAAAAAAACAAACCAAGUACAAAUAGUGCGGGCGCAAGCGAUAAGUCGUUGAGGUUACUGGAGAAAGAGUUGCAAGAGCUACAGCGCACGAAUACCCGCAACGAAGUUAAAUCAACGCCGAAAGCGGUUGAUUCACUAAGAACCAGGCGGCCGCAGUUACAUACGUCCACGCCUAAGACGAGGGCUAUUGAAGAGAAAAGAACUCAAAUGUUAGCAAAAUCGUCUGCAGAGAAAAAGUUGCCAGAGCGUCGGGUCGUUACCAAAGAGAAUAAAGAGCCAAAGGAAACCAAAGAAGUGAAAACUAACAACACCAGUGCUAAGGAAGAGAAGGAGAGCAAAGAUAAAGAUACGCCAAAGUACUUGUUAUUUCAGAGUGCAGUGAAGAAUGGCGGAGCUGAUAAAAGUAGCGCUUCCGCCGAUGAAUCCAUUCGCCGCUCAACGAGGCCCUCCAAAGUGAAGGAUUACGCGAAAAUGAUUCGUGAUAAGACCGAGUCUGAGGAAGAAGAAUCUGACAUGGACGAUGAGGAAUAUGAUGCAGAGGUAGAGGAGAGCCGCGCGCGGGCGCGACGUGGCGCAGCGCGCGCGCGCGCGCCGGGCCGCAAGCGCGGCCGCCCGAGGAAGGACGUUUUGAAGGAAGUACCUAAUAAACUAAAAAAAGAAGACCCCGCUGAAAACGAAGAAGAAAGAUCAGAUAAGGAAGAUGAAGAAGAGAAGCCUAAGCCUGCAGCUGAAUCUGAGAAGAAAGACGCUUCAAAGGAACAAAUUCAAGAAAGCAAAGUGGAUACUAACAAGGCUGACAGCGACGCUGAACCAAAACCCUCUUCUGGUGUUCUGGUCUCGCCGACUGGACAGACUCUAAAGAAAGUACCCGUCAGGGCGCUCCCGCCCGGUGUCAAACCUCUGCCGUUGCCCAUAAAUGCCCGCCCUAUGGGUUCUGGAGAACUAUGUGAAAUGCAAAUUGGGAAAAAAGUAGUCAAGGUUCAAAAAAUUAUUAUGACGAAAGCAGAAGUGGAAGCCAUGGCUAAGAAAGGACUAGUUGAAAUGAAGGAUGGAACUAUGGUGUUAAAACAGGGCAUAAAACUGCCGACAUCUGAUGCUUUAGCUAUCAAAUCAAGUCUGGUUGGAGAUAAAGAUGUUUCAAAAAAUUAUACGGCGAAAAAGGAUAAAGCGCAAGCUCAAGAAUAGGAAACUUAAUUAUAGUUUUAAGAUUUCCAUUGACUUGAAAUAUGUAUGUAUUAAAUACACAUAUUAUAAAACCUAUAUAUUUUGUUCGCAAAUAUAAUUAGAAAGUAAAAUAGAAAUAACAUAAUGUUAAUUAAAUGA